AAUAUCUUUAGCCGCUUUUACGUGCCGUUUGAGCCCCUUUAGCAAUGCUCGGCUAUUGUAGCCGAGCACGUUGUAGCCUAGUCAAGCCAGUCGUUCGCUUUUCGAUCCUUGUUGUUUUGUUCUCUGUCGGUUUUUUUUGUUUCAUUCCGUAAUGUCGCAUAUUUUAGUUAAGUGGGCGUCGACCGAACAGUGGGACGUGUAUGCGACUAGACGCAUGGUCGAUGUGGCCACUGCCACAUCUAUUAUGAAAGAUCCCACUGUGGUGGAGGGUUUAGCCGGCAAAACCUUCAAGGUGCUCUGGAAGGAUGGAGACGAGGCAUGCGACGCAUACCUGGUGGCUGCUGGUGAGGCAGACAAAAUGGAAAGAAAGAGGACGAAGUUGGCCACACGUGCAGAACGCAACCCUUUGACAAAGAAAACGCCAUGCUCUGACCACGUGUCACAAAUCGAAGCCCUCAUGGCGGAAAAUGCAGUUCUAAAAGAGCGGCUUCAACAGCAAAAAGAUUUAAUCGACACUUCCAAAAUGCUUAAAAAGCUGCAGCGGGCUGUUGACAAGCUAACAUCAGCUUCUGAAGGGGCAAAGCCUGCCGAGCCUGAAGAGAACACGCAACGAGAUAUUGGUGGAGGCGUCAUGGUGUCUCAGGCCACACUGACGAGGCUGGAACAGACCUACCAUGAUGCUCCAUGCAAGUUCUCAAGGGCACUGAUUAGGGUGCUUUUCACUGAUGAGGAGCUUGCCAACAAGACACUUUUUGGCCGGCAGGCAAACAGCCACAAAGAAAACAAGGUGAAAGCAGCCUUGGACCAGAAGAGGGUCUCUGCAGUCCUUGAAUACACAUGCAGUAGGUUCAAAUGCUCAGAUGUGAAAGUAAAGAGAAGCCUGGGCUCUAUGCUACAAAAAAUGGGAGCGAGGAAUGACACCUGUUCCGAGGAAUGAAGUGCUGAAGAAGAGGUCCUACUACUUCAUUGUUCAUUGUGCUGUGACAGGCACUGGCAAAUAAAGUUAGUAGAAAAAAAAAAUUUUUUCCCCCACUAACUGCUAGUGCCUGUCACAACACAACAAACAAUGAAGCUAUAUGCAAACCACUCAAAUAAAGUCAAAUCGAUAAAAGAC